CAGCCUUUGGGUGUUCCUGGACGAGUCUUAGUUGGUGAAGGAGUUUUGACCAAAAUGUGUAGGAAAAAACCUAAAACAAGGCAAUUUUUCUUAUUUAAUGAUAUUUUAGUAUAUGGCAAUAUUAUCAUCAAUAAGAAAAAAUACAAUAAACAGCAUAUCAUUCCUCUGGAAGAAGUUAAACUAGAAAGUUUACAGGAUGACAAUCGCAUCACUGCCGUAAAUGUGGAGCGGUAGUAUGUGGACCUUGCUCAAAUAAACGUUUUCUGCUGCCUAAUCAAAGUUCAAAACCCCUAAGAGUAUGUUUACAUUGUUACGAUGUUCUCACGACGGCCACCACGAAGAAUCAUAAUUCAUUGGAAUCAGCUUCAAAAGGUCUGAAUGCAGAUUCUUCCGGAGAAGAUGAUUCUGAUGAUGAUGAAGAAACUAAUAAAGGACAACCCGAGGCUCAUGAUCUGCCAAAAUUUUAUGGAGACAAUGAAAAAACUGAAUAAUCUCUCAAUAUACUGCACUUCCACUUUUAUAAGAUUAUUUUCAUGAUUUACUUUAUCAAGAGAUACAUAUUUUAGUAUUGAAAUAUAUAUUUUUAAUAAAAACCCACAUGUGUAAGAUGACUGUUGAAAAAUAUGUAGAUGUUAAGAAUAUAAUUUGUUUCACAAUUAAUUAAAUUAUUAACCCAAGAGCCACUGAAAAGGUAUUAUAGGCAACUUGAAAUGAUUAUAAAACCUACUGUCGAUAUUAGUGAAUCAGAAAUGAAGAACCUAAGAACCUAGGAGGGGGUCGUUUGCAGUUCUAUAUUCAUCAAUUUAUAGCACUUUUUACUGAAUAUCUGUUGUAGACGGGAAAAAACAUAUGACUAAGUGGUUCAAAUAGUGGCAACACAUUUUCUCUCUCUUGGAUUGAGGUUGAUGGCUCUUUAUUAGAGCUGAACAUUUUUUGCAAAUAUAUGCUGCACUUUUUUGAAAUGACUGAUAUAGUAUGUUUUUUUAACAUUUCAAGUAGCUUGAAAUAUUUUCUCCAAAUUUGUCAUUGUCUCUUGGUCUACAUCAUUAUAUUGAUUUCCUGAAUGGGUGCUAAGUUGAGGGCUCGGAGUUUUUCAGUAACUACAUUUCGUAAUUUGAAUAAUAUUUUGGUUGUUAUUCUAUUAGUGAACUUGUGAAGUCAAUUUGUAAUGUAUAUAUUGUAUUAAAAUUUUUCAAUAUUUAUUAAAUUUUCAUAAGUAAUUGUUUUUGCUAUUCCAUUGUCCAAUUAGUUUUAAGAUGCUCGUUUUAUAUUUGAAAUUAAUAUAGACUGACAGUACUAUCUAACAGCUUUACUUCCAUAUGUGUAACUUGUCGAGAAUGUUUUGGACUCUGUAACAAAAAAGAGCAAGAAUCCUUGUGUACUACAGUUCCGUUAGUCCGCAGCAUAUCGAAAGAUGAAGUUGAAAUCUCCCAUUCUUGGCAAGUUUCAGAUAAUAUCAAUUCUAUCUGGCCAGUUCUUAAUAUUUACAUAUUAUGUGAGAUUCAUUUGGAACAAUUAAAAAACCUUAGGUGCAUAAGUUUCAUGGGUGAAAUUAGGUUCCCAUCACAAAUAAUAUCGAAUAAUCAAUUAUUAUAACUGAAUAAUUAAUAUUUAGCUGCUGUGAUAUGUAGGCCUACUUGUAAUACAAUGAAUUUUUCUAAUUUUAUGGAAAUGUUACACAACUUUUCUUCGACUUCAUUUAAGUUUAUGUAAUCAUCACAGUUUUUAUUAUAAUUACAUUGUUAUGAUCAAUUAUUAUUUUAUUACACUAUUAAAUAUUUAAAAUCAA